UAGCCACGUAUACAGGAGGUAGUCUAAGAGCAUGCGCAUUUUCAUUGCCCAUGGGUUGCGCACCAAGCAACACCAGAGUUCUUACGGCCAAUGGCAACGUUCCAUAUAAUAACAGAAAAUUAGACCAUGGGCAACGACGCCAAGGGGAAUUAGACCACGGGCAACGACGCCAAGGGGAACUAGACCAAAGGCUACGACGCCAAGAACUACAUCAGGGACAACGACGCCAAGGGGAACUAGACCAAAGACAACGACGCCAAGGGGAACCACAUCAAGGACAACAAGAUCAAGCAGUCCAAGUAUUUUUUCCCAGCAAUUACACAGGAAUACCAGAGGUAGCCGAAACGCCACACCUUGUGAAUAUACUACCCAAUCAAGAGAUACCUUUAAGGAUUGCUCUUCAAGUAGUUGACACAGGACAAGGAGAAACUGCAGAAGAAAUUGUGCGAUCUGCUAGUCCAGAUGGUAUUAGCGUUAUCAUGAGGGAUGACUUACACGUAAUUGCUACAAAUAUUCAAGUUAGGCAGGGAAGCGUCAUCAUAGAUAUGAACGUUAUUGGUUGGGAAUCGCUGGAGAAAUUACUGAAAAGCAGUAAAAAUGGACAAUUAGAGAAGUGUCUGAAAAAAGUGCUCUUAACCCCUGAUAUCACCAAAGGAAAAGAUAUGUCUCUGAAGAUGCACAUUGUAAAUGAGGAUAAACUGCGAAAAUUGGUGAAACUGAUGAAGCUACUUUAUGUGAAGGACGCUGAGAAGGGAAAUGCGCAGAAUUCUGAGAGCGUGAGAUUUACGUUCUGUCCAGAGAGACGCAUGUGGUUCUGGACCCCGUACCUGAAGAAACAUAUUUGGAUGGAGGUCAGCUACGAGGAAGUUCAAGGCGGACCUCUUAAGGGACAUGUUCCUGAAGACAAAUACUUGGAGAUAAUACGUUAUCUGCAACAAGAAAAACCGACUUUGAAGGCCAAUACUUCGACAUGCGUCAUAUGUGAUCUUGUACCUAUUACUGGCAAGGUACCAGAGAUCAAAUAUACAGAGAUAACAGUCAGUCCCCCAAGUGCGGGAACCAAAAACAGGACAACUGGUAUGGAAGGUGGGGCAAGCGGGACACAAGAUGUGAAAAAUUAUCAAAACAUGAGUGUCCCCUUGAAUAGAAAAGAUAAGCUGAGGGCUUCAAGGGAUUCGGGUUAUGGCUCACCACGAGACCCUCCGGAUGCCUCUGGCGGUGACCAGGGUGGAAAUCAUUGA